UACACACUGGAACACUAUGAACACUAGAAAUGCAGAGCUUCCUAGUUUGUAGAUAAGGAACAGAGAGAGAAAGUACAGAGAGCAAGAGUGAGGGAGAGAGAGGAAAAAACCUUUGAAAAAAUAUGUCACAGAGGGACAUCUCUUUCACGUAAUGAAACCACCCUCAACUUUUCAGACAUCAAAAGGUGAAAAGAAGAAUAAAUGCUCAGAGGUCAGGAAUAGAGGCUCUUUAAUGCAUUGACUACUCUGCGGCUACAUAUAAGAACCAAAACAGCAUACGACGGCUGUUCUUUCCUACAUUCUAUACUGGAGGGACCAUUGACCUUCUAUCCAGAAGAAAGGGUUGAGUUCUUCAAAUAAAGGACGUUUAUCACUGAAUCUAUAGAUCUAGUUUUACUCCUGUGAAACUCUGCACCUAUAGCUGAUACACACCUCAUUUGCCUCACAUCAUGGGUGCCAGCAGGAAGAACUUUUUGAUUAUGUGUACAUCCAGCACAUCUGUAUUAUUGGCCUUUUUCUUGCUCUCCUGGGGGCCUUUCUGUUCACAAAGUAGCCCUAUCGGCUCCCCCGAGAAACUCCGCACCGCUCCAGGGUUGGAUGACGGACAUGGAGGGGUUCUGGAUCCUUUACUCCUGGAGCAGGACAGUGAGAUGGACAUGCAGAGCUUGCUGGAGACCCUGAAAGGACAGUUUCUACACACUUUUAACCUGACACAACCCGGCCCCCCUGUGCAGCCAGGGGCCACUAGAGUAGAGCCCCCUGAAUACAUGCUGGAGCUCUAUAACCGCUUUGCCAGUGACCGGACAGCAAUGCCUUCUGCAAACAUUGUACGCAGCUUUAAAAAUGAAGACUCUUUCCCAUGUAAUGUGGGACCUGGUGGGGUGAGGCAACACCCACUUAUCUUCAACGUGUCUAUCCCACAUCACGAGAGAGUUGCCGCAGCUGAGCUCCGACUGUACACUUUGGUCCAGACUGACCGCAAAAAAUACACUGGUGUUGACAGAAAAGUCACCAUAUAUGAAGUCAAACAUCUUGAAACGAACAGCAGUCAGCAAAUAGGAAAGGACGUUAUUGAGGGAGGAAAUCAAACCAAGCAAGAGGAAGAAACAGAACUAGUGGAGUUGGCGUCUCGACAGGUUUACGGUACAGAUAGUGGGUGGGAAUCCUUUGACAUGACCGCUGCAGUGCAACUUUGGCGGAAAUCAGACUAUGGCACCACCCACAGGCUGGAGAUCCACAUAGCCAGUCUGAACUCCCAGAGUUUGACAUCAACUGAAGGUAAGGAUGAAGGCAACACCAGAGGAGGGGAAAUGGACAUUGACACUAGCCCUGAGGACAAACACAAACCCUUAAUGAUCGUCUUUUCUGAUGACCAGAGCGGAGACCACCGUGGAGACAAACGAGAGUUGAAUGAACUGAUCCAGCAUGAGACCACUGGGCCGGGUGUUCAAAACAACCUUGAGCUAGAACUGAACGGUCUCUGGGAUGACCUGGAACUUAUGGGACAAAAAGAUGGGAAUGAGAAAGAGGAGCAGAGUGAGGAAGCUCUCCUACAGAUGCGCUCCAACUUCAUCUAUGACACGGCGUCUAGAUUCCGACGCAAUGCCAAGGGCAACCAGUGUAAAAAGACCUCCCUUUAUGUGGACUUCAAAGACAUUGGCUGGGACAGUUGGAUCCUAGCUCCCUCCGGUUAUGAAGCCUUUGAGUGUACUGGGACGUGCAUGUACCCCUUGACCAAUCACGUUACACCUACAAAACAUGCCAUUGUGCAAACUUUGGUCAGUCUGAAAAGUCCACAAAGAGUGUCCAGGGCUUGUUGCGUACCCACUGAACUAGAUCCCAUCUCCCUGCUCUACCUAGAUGAUGCAGGUGUGGUGACAUAUCAGUAUAAAUAUGAAGGUAUGGUGGUAGCUAAGUGUGGAUGCAGAUAGUAUUUAAUGGACUUAGGGGAGUGGGGUGAAGCUGGGCCAAAAGCUUAGCAAUUGAAUUGGAAGGAAGCUAAAAGACAGUUAUUGUCUAAGGCCUUCAUACCAAGUUUCUUCCAAAUGGCAGUGGAUAAGCUCUUACUCCCAACCUUAACAGCGUUAGCAGGAGUCAUGAAAUCAGUUGAAUCUGCCAAUUCUGGAGCCACGUGACGAGGGGCCACAAUACAAGAUUUAGUGGGAAUGGUGACCAUUUAAUUCCUGCUGAAUAAGGAUUGGGUGGAACAUAAGACAAUAAUUGAACCACUUGACACGCCUCAAGAUCAGCCGGGAUAAAUGAGCUGUUCUUAUCAGUAAAGACUGAAGUUUAAAUUAGAGAUUAUAUCAACUCCAACUUGUUACAUACUUGGCCAUAUCGUUUGCGUCAGCAAAGCCCUCACUAAGUGGGCAUUUGAUAGUAAUGGCAGUGAACUCAAGCACCACAGGGUCAGUCGAGUGACACUACCAGAGACAAGAAGCAUGUGAAAUGGCCUAUUACGGCAAUGGGUCUCAUUCAUUACUCAUGCAUACACACAGAUUUUUGAGCUUUGAGGUUUCUCUGAAGAUAAACAGAAACAUGCAUGUAUAGCUGGCUACUGAGAGUUUUGUAAUCUGGGUCUGUAUAAAAGGUGGUAAUUGUCUUUGAACUGGUUUUAAGGAUGCACACUUUGCUGCUGAGAGUGAUGAAAGGCUGUAAAGGAAAGGUUGUGUGGAGUAUGAUUAAUGGUUUAGGUGUGUUUUAUGAAAAUAAGUAACCUCAGGCAUUCAAAUUAUCAUUUCGAAAACUCCAAAUUCCUUAACA